AUGGCUUUUCCAACCACUCCGCCCUCACCCGCCUCCUCGCCACAGCUUCCACCGCGAUCGGCACUCCACCCUACCCGAAAGUUAUUCCACUGCCUCACGGGUCUCUUCUUCGCCCUCUGCUGCGUCAACCUCACGCGCCGGACGUGGACCACGACCUGCCUCGUCCUCACGGUCCUGUCCUUCUCGGUGGAGCUGCUGCGCGUCUCCUCGCCUACUUCGCAGCUGAACAAGGUCUUCAUGAAGGCGUUCCGCGCCUUUGCGCGCGCCAGCGAGCACAGCGAGAUCUCCGGCACGCCCUACUACAUGCUCGGCAUGCUCCUCGCCUCCUCCCUCUUCUCCACCGCCGCCGCCACUGUCGGCAUCCUCUGCCUUGCCUGUCUCGACCCCGUCGCCGCCAUGGCGGGCACCCUCGCCGACGCUGACAUGCCCGCCGCCCGGCUCCGGAACGGAAAGUCCCUCGCGGGCUUCGUAUGCGCCGCGGGCGCGGGUGCCGCCGUGGCCGCCGUCACCUUGGCUCAGGCAGCGGCUACCUCUAUGUCGCAGCGUUAUGCCGUCGCAGUGGGCAUCCUUGUAGGGUGGGCGGGCGCCACGGCAGAGGUUAUGGUACCGACGCCGAGGGUCCUCAUCGGCCCAAAAAGAGUACCCUUUACUAUUGAUGAUAAUGCGAUUAUUCCAGUCGUCGCUGCCGGGGUGUGUGACGCGUUGCUGAGGAUCGACUAUCACCACGUCCAGUUGUCCCCGAUUUUGUUUUGGAAGGCUUCGGGCUGA